GCCGCGGCCGCCGGCGGGGGCGCGCAGGCGCGGCGCUCCUGUUUGUCGGCCCCGGAGAAGGGAGGAGGUACCGUCAAGUCAAAACGCUAGCCCAGCCGGAGCUAAACGGGCUUGACUUGGGGCCGGGACAAGGCACCAGUCCCCCACAGAUCGCACAGUCUCAGAGCGGAUGGAAGAAGCCCAGCCUUGAGAUCAAUACUAGCCUGGUCAGCCUGGCCGCUGGGCCUACGGAGCCGGCAGGCAGGCGUGCCCCAGACACCCAGGGCCUAACGUCGGGUCCCCGACAAGGGGCAUAGGCUGGCAGCAAGACCGGAACCGGAGCCUUCCCAAGGAACAGAGGCCAGUGAGUAACCGGGCUCGGGCCUCCCGUCGGGGCCGCACUGGAACGAGGCCCCGGGGAGGCCCCUAGGCCACUUCCUCACCUUCCCUCAAGCCGACGUCCACCGGGAAGAUGCAACGCGCCCUACCCGGUGCCCGCCAGCAUCUGGGGGCCGUCCUGGCCAGCGCCAGCGUGGUGGUGAAGACACUGUGCGCCGUGGUACUAUUUCUCUAUCUGCUUUCCUUCGCCGUGGACACGGGCUGCCUGGCGGUCACACCAGGCUACCUCUUUCCACCCAACUUCUGGAUCUGGACCCUGGCCACUCAUGGGCUCAUGGAACAGCACGUGUGGGACGUGGCCAUCAGCCUGGCCACGGUAGUGGUGGCCGGGCGAUUACUGGAGCCCCUCUGGGGAGCCUUGGAGCUGCUCAUCUUCUUCUCGGUGGUGAAUGUGUCCGUGGGGCUUCUGGGGGCCUUCGCCUACCUCCUCACCUACAUGGCUUCCUUCAACUUGGUCUACCUGUUCACUAUACGUAUCCACGGCGCCCUGGGCUUCCUAGGUGGUGUCCUGGUGGCCCUCAAGCAAACUAUGGGAGACUGUGUGGUUCUUCGAGUGCCCCAGGUCCGCGUUAGCGUAGUUCCCAUGCUAUUGCUGGCCUUGCUGCUGCUGCUUCGGUUGGCCACGCUGCUCCAGAGCCCGGCACUGGCUUCCUAUGGCUUUGGGCUGCUAUCCAGUUGGAUAUAUCUUCGCUUCUAUCAGCGCCACAGCCGGGGCCGAGGGGACAUGGCUGAUCAUUUUGCUUUUGCCACCUUCUUCCCGGAGAUCCUGCAGCCAGUCGUGGGGCUGCUGGCGAACUUGGUGCAUGGCCUCCUGGUGAAAGUGAAGAUAUGCCAGAAGACGGUGAAGCGCUAUGAUGUGGGAGCGCCAUCCUCCAUCACCAUCAGCCUCCCGGGCACAGACCCUCAAGAUGCAGAGCGGAGAAGACAACUGGCCCUAAAGGCUCUUAAUGAACGGCUGAAGAGAGUGGAGGACCAGUCAGUGUGGCCCAGCAUGGAUGAUGACGAAGAGGAAACUGGGGCGAAAAAGGACAGUCCUCUGCCCUCAGAAAAACCUUCCACGCCACCAGGGAAGGGGACUGCCCCAGAAUCCAGCCUCAUCACCUUCGAGGCAGCUCCUCCCAAACUUUAACUCCAGACCACGUUGAGCAUAGCUCCUCUGCUCCCGUGCCCUCCCUGGUUUCUCAGCUACUCCAGGGCACUGACUGCGCUGAGGAGAGGGAAGAGGCCUGCUGGGGGUUUCUUUGGCCUUCUGCUAUCAUUUCUCGCCAACACUACACAGGACCCUUGCUACCUGGUUCCAACUCCAGACAACCAAAAUGCCAGGUAUGGGGCCUCUGAACAUCAGCCAGUCCAGACCCCCAUUUGCGGUAAGACUGUGAAGGAACAGUUCCUCACCAAGGAAGCGGCCACAGGGACACUGGUGCCACAGCUCCUGGGCCAGCCCUCACAUCUGAAACUGGUUGCCAACAGCCCUGAGCCAAGGCAAGGAUUUAUAUUUGCCAAAAAUGUUCUGGGGCCCCAACCAGUGCGGGUCUGCGAAUCCGUGCCCACCCCAGGCCGUGUUCACGUCAGGGUUCCUUGUGCCCUUCUACUGUGGCAGUGAUGACCGUGCCUCGCUGAGCUACCACGGCCCCCAGGUAUUUUCUACAGGAUCACCUACGUGGCAGCCCAGCCUCACAGUAUCAAUAAAGCCGUUCUUUGAGGUGUGGCUGUGGGCUCCAUCAGA